AUGACCAUCGCAACACCAACAUCAUCAACAGCAAGCAAAUCAUGGGCCGACCAAGAAGAAGAAGGCAACAUUGUUCAAAUCAUUGAUGAUAAAAAGACCGGAAUUAAAACAAUCAUUGAAGAGAAGAUGAAGGAUGGAAAGAAAGUGAGAAUUGUUAAAAAAAUCAAAACUGUAAAAGUUCAAAAGAAGCAUAAUCCACUUGUUGAAGAAAGACGCAAGUGGAAGAAAUUUGGUUCUGCUCAAUCAGGUAACCUUCCAGAAGUUACCGCUGUUGGAGAACCAAUUAAUUUCGAAUAUACCAACAACAAAAAGCAAUCAACAGCACUACAAACCGUGAUGGAUGAACAAGAACUUUUACUCAACAGAAUUCAAAUGCAACUUGCAAAAGAGGCCACAGAGACCAAAGAAGAAGCCUCCGAGAAUGAACCACAAGAAGAUGAAGACAAGCUCAAAGCUCCAAGCAGUGGAGCUUACAUUCCUCCCAGCUUGAAGAACAAACAACUCGGAGCUGGAACUGCUGGACGUAGUGAUGUCAAUACUACCAUCAGAGUAGGCAACUUGGACCAAAGAGCCACAGAAAGCGAUUUAAGAUUAUUAUUUGGUGAUAUUGGAAGAAUUGUGAAAGUUUAUCUUCCAUUUAACAAUGAUAGAACUCGUAAUAGAGGUUUUGCUCUCAUCACCUACACCACUCCUGAGGAUUGUGAAAAGGCCAUUGACCAAUUUGAUGGAUUUAGCUUGAACCACUUGUUGUUGAACGUUGAAUGGUCAAAGACAGAAAGAAAGUUUUAA